AUGGCUGAUUACGACUUUACAUAUGCUCAUAUAACUACAGCUCAUCCCUCAAAGUCCCAAACCAGCACUAUAGGAGCAGACUCUGUGAUUCUUGUGCUUGUGAACAUCAUCAUCUUCUUGCUGGGGGUUUCUGGGAAUGGAAUUGUCAUCUGGAUCUCCAGUCUCAAGCUGAAAAGGUCUGUCAACACAAUCUGGUAUCUGAGCCUAGCAGUCUCGGACUUCAUUUUUUGCUCCUUUAUCCUAUUCAGCAUUGUGUACAUGGCUACUUCUGCCUGGCCGUUUGGGCUGUUCAUGUGCAAGUUCACCUCCUUCAUCAUGUUCCUGAACAUGUUCAGCAGCAUCUUCCUCCUGGUCAUCAUCAGUGUGGACCGAUGUGCGUCUGUCGUGUUCCCCGUCUGGGCACAGAACCACCGCACAGUGAAAGCAGCCUCUGUACUGGUCGCUCUCGCCUGGAUCGUCUCUGUUGCUCUCAGUGUACCCUCAGCUGUAGCGCACAGUCAUGAGACUGUUUCUUUCAGUCGGUUUGUCUGUGGGUUUUUAAUCCCUUUUGUGAUCAUCACCCUCUGUUACGCCAUCAUUGUUCUGAAGCUGAAGAACAACCAAAUGACCAAAUCCUCCAAACCAUUUAAAGUCAUGUCUGCCCUCAUUGUGACUUUCUUUGUAUGUUGGUUGCCUUACCACAUCUUUGUCCUGCUGGAAGUUUAUGAUAAACCAAAUAAAAGCAACAUUGUCAGAACUGGGCUCAUGGUAAGUGCCACUCUGGCCAGUGCAAACAGCUGCAUGAAUCCCUUUUUGUAUGCAUUUAUGGGGAAAGACUUCAAGAAAACAUGCUGGAGUUCUGUUUUGUCCAAAAUUGAAAAUGCAAUGGAUGAUGAUGUUGGCACCUCAACUUAA